UAGAAGAAGAAGAGUGUCGAAAACCAGAUAAAAUAGUUUACAUUUUUCGCAACAAGUUUUCGCCUUUAAAGACAACUUCCACUUCCUAUUUUAUUAUGGAGGUGGACCAGAUUCCUCUAGCCGACGUGGUCUUCAUCAUCGAAGGUAGCGCAAUAAACGGGGCGUAUAUCAACGAGUUAAAAACCAAUUACAUCCUGCCGACGUUGGAGCACUUCACCACCGGAUCCAUCGAUGAGCGGGAAUACUUGAUUGCGGAACGGUUUGCCACUUUAUACGGAAUCGUUGUCUACCGGACCGCUGCCAAUCUGUUGGAACCUGUGUGCGCCACCUAUGGACCCUUCCUGCAACCACAGAAAGUAAUGGAGACAAUCGAGAGAUUGCCUCUAGUUGGAGGCGGAAUGGAGUCAUGUGCCCACAUGGCCGAAGGGUUUGCUGCAGCGCAUGGCUGCUUUGACGACAUUAGCGAACGACGUCAAUUGCUUGACCAGACGAGCGUCCAACGGCAUUGCAUCCUCAUCUGCAAUAGUCCGCCAUACCAGAUGCCCACCACGGAAUCGUGGAAAUAUCCUGGAAAAUCGUGCGAGCAGCUGGCGGCACUAUUUCACGAGAGAAAGAUCAAUCUUUCCAUUAUUGCCCCUCGCAAGAUGCCGGUAUUAUUUAAGCUUUUCAUGAAGGCCGACGGGGAUCAACCUAUUACUAGCAAGAACUAUGCAAAGAACAUCCGGCACUUGGUGCUGCUCAAGGGAUACAGUCUCAAGGAGCGAGCUCCCAGUCCGAACAGCAUGGCGGCUCAGAUGGCCGCUCCAAAUGCAGCACAGGCUGCAGUGCAACAACAGCAGCAGCAACAAAACCCGGCAGGUCAGCAGCAGCCAGGUCAGGGAAUGCCCAUGGACACCACACCAGUCCAACAGCAGCAGCAACAACAACAGCAGCAGCAGCAGCAGCAACAAGGCAAUCCCCAGCAGCAGGUCAUGAACAUGAAUAUGCAGCAACAGCAACCCGUUCAAAAUCCUCAGGCGGGCCUUCUCAAUCCACAGCAACAGCAACUUCUGCAACAGCAGCAACAACAACAACAACAGCAGCAGCAACAGCAGAAUCAAUUUGUGCCCAAUCAAAUGCAGAAUCCCAAUUUCCAGCAAAACGUUGGACCAGGCCAAAACCGCUGGAUGUAUCCCAAUCAGCCGGGCCAAGCGCGUCCGCCGUUCAUGCAAGGAGGAGGCAAUGUGGGCGGUGUUGGUCAAGGAGGUGGCAUGCAACAAAAUCCCAAUUCGGCACUUAUCUCGCGUAUUAAUGCGCCGCCUCCAAAUCAAACGGUCACCUCGCUACAACAACAGCAACAACAACAGCAGGCCCAACAGCAACAACAACAGGCUCAACAGCAACAACAGCAAAGGAUGCAGAUGCUUAACCAACAGCAGAUGCUUAACCACCAACAGCUGCAGCAACAACAACAGCAACUUGUCCAGCAACAGCAGCAGCAAGGUCAGCAACAGGGCAAUCCCAACCCCGGUAAUAAUAUGAUGCCGGGUGGCAAUGCAGGCAACAUGCCCAACCCACAGCAGCAACAACAAGUGGGACAGCAGGCAAAUCCCCAACAGCAAGUCAAUCCGCAGCAGCAACAGCAGGCAAAUUCGCAGCAAGAGCAGGCCUCCCUGAGGGAAAAGAUCUGGACAGGAGUGCUGGAAUGGUCAGAGAAACCAAAAUCGGAUCAGCAGAAGAUUCCUCACACGCUCCAGUGCACUGUGUGUACCAACAUCAAAGACGGCGAGCCCGAGAUUAAGGCUGAAAACUGGCCGCCUAAAUUAUUAAUGCAGUUGAUGCCCAAGCACCUGGUCGGCAACAUUGGCGGGCAGUUCCUUAAAGACUCAAAGAUGGUUGUUUUUCGACCCACUCCGGGAGAGGCACUAGAUUCAUUGGCUAAGAUGAUGACCUCCGGGUAUGCUGGCUGCGUCCACUUCUCCUCAAUUCCCAAUUCACCCGCCUGCGAUCUCAAGGUCCUCAUUUUACUCUACACGCCCGAUCGCAAUGCCUUUCUGGGCUUUAUUCCCAACAAUCAGGCAAUGUUUGUGGAACGUCUGCGCAAAGUCAUACAACAAAAGCAGCAUGGCAAUAUGCAGCAGCAACAACAACAGCAGCAAAUGAUGCAACAACAGGGAAAGUCACCUAUGGAGCUUCAGCAGCAACAGCAACAACAACAGCAGCAGCAACAGAUGCAACAGGACAAUUCGCAGCAACAACACUACAACCAGUACCAGCUCAACAUGCAAAUGGGCGGUGGUGGUCCAGGCGGAGGACCUGGUCCUGGACCAGGCGGCAUGCCAAUGCAGCAGAACCAGAUGCAGAUGAAUAUGAUGCAGCAACAGCGAAUGCCAUUGGGCGUUGGCGUUGGACCCGGUGGCGUUCCUAAUCCUAACCUACAGCAGCAGCUGCAACAAGUGGCACCAAAUGUGGCCGCUAUGCAGCAGCAGCAGGCGCAACAGCAACAACAGCGUAUGGUGCGUCCGAUGAUGAACAACAAUAACCCGGGACUACGCCAGCUCUUGCAGCACCAAACAACGCCAGGCAACCAGUUCCGACCGCAGAUGGGAGGCCAAAAUCCUAAUCAAAUGGGAGCUGGCGGGCCUAUGGUCGGUAAUCGCAACUUCGAUGACGGCAGCUACGAGUUUUUGUAGGCUUCUUUAAACUAUAGUUAAUAUACUAACAUAUUUGAUACAGUCCAA